CGACCCGCUCUGCGCUGAGCGUCCAUACCGCAUCGAGCCUUCGGUCAGACAAGCACGCAACAUCGCACUUGCUUCCCACAACUUCGCACUUGCAGAGCUUCCGGACUUGCUGCCCUUCGAAUAAUCUGUUACCCAACGACAAUAUCAAUAUCGUCUGUGGGACACGACUUUUCGCAUCAACCCCUGCGCUCGAAGCGACCCCGGAUAGAGCAAAGCUUGACGUUCGAGGCAAGACACCGCGUUUCUGCUUGCGGGAACUCGCUGGAGUCGUUGGAGGACCACCGUUCAGCAUUCUUCUUCCCGAAAAUCCCAACGCCCACGGCCUCUGAUGAGCGUUCGCGACUGUGGUCGUGCUCCCCUCACACUACCCUCCGACUCCGCCAUCGACCAGUAGCCGACUCUCUUCUCUUCUUCUUCUUCUUCUUCUCACAUAAUUUAUUUCUUGGAUCAAUUGCAACGCCGUACUUUAAUACCAUCGUCAGAAGCUUCGGAGCAUGCAACCUGAAGCAAUCGCUAAGCCAGAGCCGGAUAGCGAAUCCCCAGGUUCGACAACGAAGGUUGCCAAUGCUCCCACGACCAACGCUGCCAACACCACAACCAACGGGAAGGCCGGCAAUGGUAGUCAAAAUGGCGCAACGAAUGGCAACUUUCCCCCGCCGAAGACUGACAAACCGAGACCGCAUGUGUGCAACACGUGCGGUCGUUCGUUCGCACGCCUGGAGCACUUGAAGCGACAUGAAAGAUCGCACACGAAAGAGAAGCCAUUUGAGUGUCCCGAGUGCACAAGAUGCUUCGCGCGAAGAGAUCUAUUACUUCGUCACCAGCAAAAACUGCAUAUGACCAACCCUCAGACCCGACCUCGACAAGGACGACGAGAAAGCGCUGCCGGCACUGGGGCCAAUGCCAAUGGCAGAGUGCGCAAGAAUUCCGUUGCGAAUAUCAAUGUCGGGGGCGCCAAUGGCAUGGCUUCUAACAACGUUCGCCCCAGAGCUAACACUAUCAGCCACAUCGACUUGUCUUCGCUUGGCCUGCUUGAUGGACAUCACGCCCAGAUCAAUCAGAUGAAUCCGCUGGGAAUUGGAAUCGGACAGCACGGGAUGAUGGGUGGCCUUCCAGGUCCUGGUGGCUAUGGCUAUCGUGGCAUGUCGACAGCUAUGGGGCAUCAUGGAAAUGUGCAUGGCCUGCCAAAACUCGAUACACACCAUAUCAAUCAGCUCGACGUGACGAAUUCCUUGCGGACGGCGCCACCCCAGGCUAACUUUGCCGGCUUCGAUAUUGAUCAGUUGUUCACUCCCCAUACUACCAUCAAUCCGGCAGCUUUACACUUCGGCUCUGCUGGACAGAUUUCUUCCUCGGAUAUGCCAUUUGGAAUCGUUCCUGGCACCAAUCAGCAAGUUCCGAUCGACGACGAUUUUGGCUGGAUGCGCAAUUGGAACAUGAAUAUGCUAAAUGGCCACGACAAUGAGAACGCUGUCGAAGAAUCCUCACCCUCAAGAAUGAGCAGCGGAGAUAGUCCAGCUGAUUUCGACGACAGCAUGGUCAGCAGUCAAAAUGGCAUCCCGAUUCAGAACAACUUCCAGUGGCAACAGCCGGAUCUGUCUCUGCAUCAGACCAUAUCGCACACGUCUCAAGGACCAUUUCAAUUGGAAGCUUUGGGCAGCGGAUUACCCAAUCUCGAUGCGAAUGGUACCAUUUCUCCGUCCAGCCUACAAGACCCAACUCCUACAGGCAACGAGUACUUCCAUCAAGCGAUGAUGCAGCAUAGCUUGCAGCAGCAGAAACAAUCUGGCCAGCAUGAAGCCGCGCCAGUCCAGGGUGUCAACUUCUUCGGCAACCCGCUCUCCAACUUUGGUUCGAACAGCCCGAGCAUCUCGUCAUCUUCCAUGAGCAAUAGCGCCAGACAGAGUUCAGUGACUUCAAUGUCGACCGACUCUAUCACCGACUCAACACGCCAAGCACUCUUGAACAGCCUAGCGCAGCCUUCUGUCUUCGGCGGCCACACUACUCGAAAGUACUCACAGCCAUCCGUGAGCUCACCACUCUCUCCUGCCGGAGGUUCAAGGCCGUCCACGCAAGCCAAUGGUCCUACGUUACCAAGCACAGCUGACAUUCGGAGAUACAUCGAGGCAUUUAUGCAGUAUGCGCACCCGCAUUUGCCGAUAGCCCAUCUCCCCACGCUCUCAUUUGAUACCAUCGAAGCAGCUGCGAGUGCACCCACCCCACCACAAAGAGGUUCACCCACGAGCUAUGCCGCUCACACUGCCGAGAAGGGAGGUGCCAGAUGCCUCAUAUUAGGCAUGGCAGCCAUCGGUGCAUUGUACGAGUACGACCACCCUGCAUCGAAAGACUUGUUCGAAGCGGCCAAAAAGAUGAUUCAGUUGUACCUGGAGGAGCGAAGGAAGGCUGAUAUGUCUGCUGCUGUGAAUGGUUCACAAGCCGCUGGAGAGACACCACUGUGGCUGGUACAAGCCAUGUUGCUUACCGUCAUAUACGGACACCACUGCGGCGAUAGACUUGCUGCUGAUAUUGCCAGCAACCACAUUGCUGCGCUGGUCAGUCUCGCACGGGCAGCAAACCUGGCGCAGCCACAUCAUGGAUCGUCGCCGAAUGGAUCUCCGCAGACAUCGGAACCGAACACAGACACCGAGAUGAAUGGCGACGGGUCUAAUUCUCAGCAGGAGGAGACAGAUGUGCAAGCUCAGUGGAUACAGUGGAAGGACCGCGAAGAGCGAAAGCGAUGCUUCUUCGCCAUCUUCAUCCUCUCAAGCAUUCUCAUGAUUGCCUACAAUCAGACUCCUACGAUCAUGAACUCGGAAAUCCUUCUUGACCUGCCGUGUGAAGAGGAACUGUAUGAGGCAGCGAGCGCAGAGGAGUGGCAAACCCGCGGUGGACUGGCGAGGGCUGAGGCUACUUCUGUCUCUUUUGCCAGCGCAUUGAGCACAUUACUGACAGCUAAUCAGCGGGUCGGUAACGAUCAUGCCGCCAGCGCGUACAACAGCAGCAAUAACGGACCUGGAAGCGGAGAUGUAUAUGGCGAGAACGAUAUCAGACCAAGCACAUUCGGCUGUCUGGUCCUCAUCAAUGCGCUCCAUAACUACAUCUGGGAGACGCGAAGUCGACACCGUGGACGUGAGUGGACUGUUCAAGAGACGGAGUCGAUGGUGGCACACAUUCAGCCGGCGUUGAAUGCUUGGCAAGCUGCCUGGAAAGCCAAUGACCGGCACAGAUUGGAGCGACCGAACCCCUUCGGCAUGGGCCCACUCGCCGCUGACAGCAUACCUCUCCUCGACCUUGCCUUUGUACGACUAUAUUUGAAUCUUGGUCGCACCGCCGAGGCGUUCUGGGCGCGCGAGUUUGAUCGCAUGGCGGAAGAAUUGCGAAGUGGCGGGGAGCCGACUCCAACAAAUUCCAUUGGCCAAGAAGUGGACGCGGACUCAGGAUCGAAAGAUGGCAUGAAGUCAGGUUCGGGUGAAGGACGGCAGUCAAUCAUGCAACGCAGGAUGUCGAAAGCGCAGUCGGCAGAUCAGACAGCUACGAGGCGUGAACGUCAUCUGCGCAAAGCGGCAUACUAUGCGGCUGACUCUCUGACGAUUGCGUGUACGUGCAGCCUGACAUACUUGGACCCGAUUGCUCAAGAGCUGCCUAUCCAGUCGGCAAUCUGCUUCUUUGACUGCGUACAAGUACUUGCGGAGUGGGCCACUACUAUCCAGGAACGAGCUGGGCGAUACCUCGGUGUGCUUGGUCGUGAUUCCAUCGACUACACGCAAGUUCCGGCCAUCAUGCUUCUGGAGACGGAGGAUGUCGAGCUGCUGCGCAAGAUUGAGACGAUCUGUAGCGUGAUGGAGGAGAAGCGGGUGCAGCAGAUGAACCUUCUCGUGAUGGACACUAGCAACUUCAACGCAUCGACGGCGGGCAUGCACAACGGGGUGGCGUUGAGUUCGUGCGGCUUCGGAAGCAAGAUUCUCAGAGUCACAGCGAUGAUGCUCGAGAAAGCGGUGAUUUGGCCAAUCACGCACGUCAUGGCGAAAGCGCUCGAAACUGAAGCCUCCCACAUGGACCGACGCGCGGAAGCGUCGUGCACGUCGUUGGCAUCAUGAGAAAACGUGACGAUGGUUCAAGAUAAUACGAUUCGAUGUACAGAUUUGCACAUAAAUUAUAGCACGCCGCAGAAUGGAUCGCGCCGGCGAACACUUUUCGAUGGCGGAGGCGCACUCGCAGAAGUGGAAAAGCCACGGAAUACCGCCAAGGCUGUGAAUGCCAUCUGCUCUUGCAGCUGGAAAAGUGUAUAUGACGCAUGACAAGGGAGUUCGGAUUUCGGGCAGGUAUAGGCUUUCGGUUGGUUGCGACGGUGAAGAGGAGGCGACGUGGAGGCGAGUGGACGAGGAUGAGGAUGAGGUUGAGGCUGAGGUUGGGCGUGUGGAGGCGGUUGAUGUGCUUGGAUAUGGGAGCAAAGGGAAAGAAAGCAGCGAGCAAGAAAAGUAGAAAAUCGGAAAAGAGAGCACACAGCACACAGCACCCAGCACACCAGGCGAAGUGUAGUGUGGCUGUGUGGUGUGAGGAUGGCGAUGGCAAUCAAGGGCAAUUGCAAUGAACGAGUGUCACGCGUAUGGAAAACCGAUGGCAGGGCUGUUUCUCAAGCCAACAACAACCAAUAUCGCGCAAGCUGUCACGUGCCAUACGUGAGUGUGAAAGUGUCGUUGUAGAAUUCAAUAAAAUGUGCUGCAGCGCCGGCCGUGUCGCCCUUU